GAGAAGGGGGUGUCACUAUUUCCGGACCCCGGCUGGACCGGGAAGGUCAAGGGAACUUCAAAUCCCAGCAGCACUCGCAGCCUGGUAGCCCCCGCCCCCGAGAACUACAGGUCCCGGUAGGCAUCUUGGCAGCACUUCCGGCGCCAGUCGGUACGUGGUGACGAAAUAGUUGCCAUGGAGUUUCGCGGUGUAACCGUGAGAUAGUGGGACGUCGAGGCUGGAGAGGAAGCAACUGCUGGGGGUAUUUCCAUUUUAACAGGGAACAAUCCCUGAACCCAAAGGAAUGAAUCCCUAAUGGUGGACUUUCAGGCAUCAGCGACAGAGUGGACCCAGACUCCCAGGGUACAUGCUUGCAUCUGAUGAAUGAUGGCCUGAAAUAUGAGCAAACAGGAGAACGCUUCAGCGCAGGAGCCCCCUCUCGACUACUCCUUCAAAAGCGUCCAAGUCAUCCAAGAUCUAGUAACCGAGGAGCCAAGAACAGGGCUACGACCACUGAAGCACUCAAAGUCGGGGAAGUUGCUGACCCAGUCUUUGUGGCUGAAUAACAACGUCCUCAAUGACCUGAAAGACUUCAACCAGGUGGUUUCACGGCUGCUAGCCUACCCAGAGAACCUGGCCUGGAUUGACCUGUCCUUCAAUGACCUGACUUCCAUUGACCCUGUCUUAGCAACUUUCUUCAACCUGAGUGUCCUCUAUCUUCAUGGCAACAGCAUCCAUCGCCUAGGGGAGGUGAACAAGCUGGCUGUCCUCCCUCGACUCCGAAGUCUAACACUCCAUGGAAACCCCAUAGAGGAGGAGAAGGGGUAUAGGCAAUAUGUGCUGUGCACCCUGCCCCGUAUCACUACAUUCGACUUCAGUGGGGUCACCAAAGCAGACCGCACUACAGCCGAAGUCUGGAAACGCAUGAACAUCAAGCCCAAGAAGGUCAGGAUCAAGCAGAAUGCACUGUAAGGUUCCCAGGACCCCAGCAGUCCUAAAGGCCUGAAGAUGGUCACCUUGGCUUGAUAAUAAAUGAUUUGAGCUGUUCAGCAA